AACAUCACCUCUGUAUAGUAAUGUACUAAUAUGUUUAAAAACUAAAUUAGGGUGGUGCGACAAAGUCCAAAUAAUGGAAGAAUGCUUGUUGUAGUAGCAGAAAAAGUUGUUUCCAUAAUUGUUAUAGAAACCCAAGUUUGCAGACUUAAAUUACAAGUUUGUUUAUGUAUAGUUUACUCUUUUGUGACUUGAGUUCCCUUAUAAACUUGGAAAAUCAAAUUUGAGUUCCUUUAUAAACUUGCUUGAUAUUACAUUUGCUCGUGAUGUUGGAUCUCAAGAUGAUGUGUUUUUUAGAGAGGCUGCUUGAGAAUUAGGUACUAGUUUAGCUGCUUCUCUUCAUUUUUCACCUGAAUUCAAAUGAAAAUCUAUGUCUUUUUUUAAUGUUUUUGCGAUUGUAGAACAAAGUGAAAGCAAGAGUAUAAUAGUUCUAGUAGUUGUGCCAAUCAUAUCAGUAUUAAUCUUCUUGGCUUCGAGCAGCUUUUUUAUCAUUAGAAAUGUAAGAAGAAGAGCUAAAGGAAAGGGGAAGACCUUUAAUAACACUAGAGUGAAGCAUAGAGUGAAGCGGUCGAUUAAGGUGUCCACGAUUAGUAACAAGCUAGCAAAUAUGAUGAUUAUUCAUGGAGGAAAUAUAGCCAAAAGCCAAUCAAAGGUUCUCCACACCCAAGAUAAUUGAAGUCAUAUCGGGUUGAAAGCUAAGCGAUUGUGCAGAGAUUGCCAAGCGACCGUUGAAAAUUGAAGAUUGAGAAGGAAUUUAGGAUUUUUAAUUAUUUAAUUCUUGUAUUAGAAUCUUUUUUCAUGUACUAUUGUAGAAUGUAUAUAUAAACAUAAUAUUAAGAUUUUAUUUUGUGUAUUCAAAUGUAAAAGACAAAUAUUAUAGUUUCUAACAUAAUAUGAAUUUCAUUGAUUU